AUGCCCAACAAUCCCGAACUGUACAAUCCCCUCAAAGUCCUCCAGCAUCCCGAAUUUAAGGUUCUAGCUCCCGGAGAGAAGACAGACAAGGAAGCCAAUAUUGCAGCUUUUUAUAAUCCUGCGCAUGAAGUUCCACCUUGUCCAGAAACCUCGUCCUUAAACCGGGGCCUGGGCAGGUCCUUCUGCAUAAGCGACGUUCACUUCUGGCGCCACGGAAGGAUCGGCGACAUGAUCGUCACUGAUGAGUGUGGAUCAGGCCAUGAGUCUGCAGGAGAGAUUGUUGAAGUUGGAGAAGGUGUGACAAAGUGGAAAGUCGGCGAUAGAGUUGCAAUGGAAGUCGGAAUUCCAUGCUCACAGCCGUCCUGCACACCUUGUCGCACAGGAAAGUAUAAUGGCUGUCCUGAUGUUGUCUUCUUUUCGACUCCCCCUUACCACGGUACUUUAACACGCUGGCACGUUCAUCCCGAACAAUGGCUGCACAAACUUCCCGACAAUGUGACUUUCGAAGAAGGUGCUUUGUGUGAGCCUUUGGCUGUCGCCUUAGCAGGUAUCGAUCGUGCAGGGCUUCGUCUCGGUGACCCUACGCUCAUCUGUGGCGCCGGACCUAUCGGUUUAGUCUCUCUUCUCGCUGCGCGCGCUGCAGGAGCCGAACCCAUCGUUAUCACCGAUCUCUUCCAAAGCCGUCUCGACUUUGCGAAGUCACUAGUACCCGGCGUGAAAACUGUGUUGAUUGAACGUGAUUUAGCACCCAAAAACCAGGCGAGUAAGAUCAAAGAAGCCGCAGGUGGCGAAUUGAAGCUUGCGUUGGAAUGUACUGGUGUGGAGAGUAGCAUCAGUACGGCAAUAUUCUCGGUGGAGUUUGGUGGGAAAGUCUUCGUUAUCGGUGUCGGUAAAAGCGAGCAGAACUUCCCAUUCAUGCAAUUGAGUGCAAAUGAAAUUGAUCUCAGGUUCCAAUACCGUUAUUCCAAUCAGUACCCGAAGGCAAUACGCCUCGUGGCGGGUGGACUCAUCAAUGUCAAACCGCUGGUUACUCAUCGUUUUGCCCUUGAGGAUGCUAUCGAUGCCUUCAACGUUGCUGCCGACCCUGCGCAAGGUGCCAUCAAGGUCCAAAUCCAAGAUUAA